AACAUACAACAACUUUAAAGUCUGCACCUAAUUGUGUUUUGUAUAAAGGAAUUUCCGUCAAUUACCCUCGGUCAGUAUAGAUGGACUGCUAAAGCGUAAAAUUGUAUAAUCUGGGUGUGCAGGAACAAAUGUAUAAGUGACCUAGACUUUUCAUUCAAGCCUCCAUGAACAACUUGAAUGACCCCCCCAGAUGGAACAUCCAACCAGACCCCAGAGGAAGGGGGGCGGGGGCCGGUGAUGGCAACCAAUGGAACUACGCCCUGCUGGUCCCUAUGCUGGGACUCGCUGCAUUUCGUUGGAUAUGGACCAGGGAGUCUCAGAAGGAGAUCCAGAAGGUGAAAGCCCAGUAUGACAAGGAUGUUUCCACAAUCAAAUGUGAGAUGGAGGCCAGGUACCGGGAGACACUGACAGAGAGGCGCAAGGCAGCUGCUACGCUAGAGCUGGAGCUGGAAAAGGAGAGACAGAGGGUGAAAGGCUACAAGCAGGCCCUGAUCUCACAGAGCCAGCAGCUGAUGGAAGAGCGGAAACAGCUACAACAGGAGCGAGAGGCCUUGGAGGAAGAGAAGCAUAGGUUGGUGACGUCCGGCGCCAUGGGUGCUGUGCUGCGUCAUGCCCUGGAACGAGAGCACGACUGGUACCAGCGAGCCACUGCCACUCUGAAGGAGUUGGAGGGUCAGCUUGUGGAACGCCAGAAUGCCUACUGUUCCCUCAUCCUACCUAGAGAUCAGCGGCUGGAGAUGGAGAAGAACAUGCUGCUAAAGGUUGUCAAAGACCCCAUUGGGGCAGAACUAGAUCUAGAGUCUGACCUGAAAGAUAUUUUUAAGAGAGAUAAGCACUGUGCAGACCUGCUAAACAUGGACAAGAGGAAGAACGGAAGCCUCAUGUGGGUGUAUCUCAAGUACUGGGAGCUGCAGGUCACUUUCCAAAAACACAAGAGAGCUGAGGAAGCCAUAUUAGGAGGAAAAAUCCAGUCACACACAAAGUGACAAAAGACAAAGAUGUUUUCAUUUGAUUUUGAAGAAUGUUUAAAGCAUGUUGAUCAGGAAUGAAAAAAACAUGUAUUUUCAGCCUGAGUAAUUCACGUUACCUGAUAGAGAUGUUAUGGAAACACACAAAGUGAUCUCAACAAGGUAAUGUUCAACUUCUGAAGGCUCCAUCCUUGAUCUCAGAGUUUAGAAAAGAGGAGACCUUCUGUCAGGUUGAACAUAGUGAAUUACAAUAUUACCAUAGCUUCAGAAGCCCCAGAUAAGACUCAUUAGCUUUAAAUUAACAAUGAGAAAAAUUAUAAUAGUAAAUGUACAUUAGGAACAUCAUGAUAAUAUCCAUAUUGGAUACUCAACUGAUGUUUAAUGGCAUAUACAGAUUUAUUUUUUUUCCAUUUAUCCCCUUGGAAAAUAUUGUCAGAAAAUCUGUGUUAGUUUAACCUACAUUCUCUGAGUGCCAUGAGUUACCUCUAGGUGAGUAUAUGUCUGGAUAUUGAAUAUUCUUUUGUUCUCUGUCUUGGGUAUGAAUUAAUGGCUCUCCAAAACUGUUUCCAUUGUCCUAUGUGAUGAUACACAUUUAUGGGGGAAAAACACUCUUUCUCAUCAGGAAAUUACUAAAAUAAUAAUAAUAUAGAUUUAUGAUUUAAAAAGAAUUUGAGGGAAAAAAUAUAUGUUGAUGGAUUAUUGUGGGAGACAUUUAUAAAGAACAGUGGGACUUACAUUGACCCCAUCAACCCCUCCAUCCAUGACAUCUUUUUUCACAGUAUGCAUGUGGAAUAGUUUCUUAUCAGUGGUUUGAAGUUUCUCGUCUUCUGUAUGGUUUUGUGGGAGCCUCGUGACUAUCAGGGAGGAGACGGGACAACUGAAGGUGCAUGAGAAUCGAAAUCAGGGAACAGAGCACAAAGUAGUGCUUAGUACUGCAGCAUCUUAUCAGAUUACCACAACAAUGAUGGAAAAAACAGCACUGUCAUUCACACCUCACACCUGUAAUGAAGGGAUCAUCUAAAUCUGUAGCAUUUUAUUAGGUUAUCAAGCCUUUCUGCACUGUUAUGUUUUGACCAUACCUUGGUGAAUAAGUGCUGGAUGUACUGCAACUGACCUUUCUGUGCAAUCCUUCAAAUACAUUUUUAGUUUAAAAACUUCA